GAGACGUGGGACCCUGGGCCUCGUCCUGCAAGAGGAGCUGUGCUGGGUUGGGGGCAGGCAGCCCUGGCAGAGUCUGCACGUUUCUCGUCCGCAGAUAUUAUCAAUGCUGACAAGAUGUCGGGGAGGAGCAGAAAGUACAAGAUUAUUUUCAGCCCCCAAAAGUUCUAUGCUUGCGAGAUGGUGCUGGAGGAAGAGGGGGUCUUCGGUGACGUCACCUGCGAUGAAUGGUCCUUCUACCUGCUUCCCCUGGAUGAAGACAUCAUCAGCAUGGAGCUGCCCGAGUUCUUUCGCGACUACUUCUUGGAGGGAGAUCACCGCUGGAUCAACUCCGUGGCUCGAGCCCUGCAGUUACUGAACUCCCUGUACGGACCUUUCGGCAAGGCCUAUGGGAUUGGCAGGUGUGCCAAGAUGAGCUACGAGCUGUGGCGAGAGCUGGAGGAGGAGAGCGAGGGCGAUGGCCAGGGCAGGAAGCCCGAGAUUGGCAACAUCUUCCUUAUGGACAGAGACACGGACUACGUGACGGCACUGUGCUCCCAGGUGGUGUACGAGGGGCUGGUGGACGACACUUUCCGCAUCAAGUGUGGGAGCGUGGAUUUUGGGCCAGACGUCACCUCUUCUGACAAGAGUAUUAAGGUGCUGCUCAAUGCCCAGGAUAAAGUCUUCAGCCAGAUUCGGAAUGAGCACUUCUCCAGCGUGUUUGGCUUCCUGAGCCAGAAGUCACGUAACCUGCAGGCACAGUACGACCGCCGCCGCAGCAUGGACAUCAAGCAAAUGAAGAACUUUGUCUCCCAGGAACUGAAGGGACUAAAGCAAGAGCAUCGCCUGCUGAGCCUGCAUAUUGGUGCCUGUGAGUCCAUCAUGAAAAAGAAAACCAAGCAGGACUUCCAGGAGAUGAUCAAGGCUGAACACU